GAUGACAUAGAUCAUCGUACAUACUAAGUUGAUAAUCAUUACAUAUAUAUACAACGGGUAUAAUUCUCGAACGAGAAAAAAUUUACUCAUAUGUGAAAGAAUUUAUUAAUCUAUCUAUUUAUAUCUAUAUAUAUAUAUAUUUGGGUCUUCUCUAAGCACUUACGCCUCAAAAAAUGGAAGACAAAAUAAUAAUAAAAGAUUUAGAAGUUCACAAUAUAAUAGGAGUUGAUUCUUGGGAAAGAGUAAAAAAGCAACCAGUAAUAAUAAAUUUAAUAAUUUAUACAGACAUAUCAAAAGCGGGAGAUACGGACCAUUUACCAUAUUCAAUUGAUUAUAGUUCUAUUACUAAAAGUAUCACAAAAUUCUCGGAGGAAAGUUCCUUUAAAUCUAUUGAAGCAUUGGCGGAUGCAAUUGCAAAAUUAUGUAUAACAGAAUUCCAUAUAUCAAAAGUUAAUAUUCGACUAGAGAAACCAAAAGCAUUAUUACAUGCAAAAUGUGCAGGGGUAGAAAUAACACGCACCAAAGAGGAUUACGACGAAUUAUCAAAAUCACAGAGCGGUGGUAAUGAAUAUGAUGAUAGAAUAUUUGUACAAGAUUUAAGAUUGAAUGCUAUUAUAGGAAUUAAUCCAUGGGAAAGAGAAGAGAAACAAAGCGUUAUAGUUAAUUUAACUAUUUAUCCGACAUAUAAGGUGGAUUCUGGCAAAGAUUAUGUUAUUAAACCACAUAAUUAUAGAACAAUAGUUAGAACUGUUUCAAAACAUGUUGAAGAGUCAAAAUAUAAAACAGUUGAAGCAUUUGCUACUUCUAUUGCUCGUAUUGCAAUAACGGAAUGUCAUGUUAAUAAAAUUACAAUAAAAGUGGAAAAACCAAGCGCUUUAAUGUUUGCUGCUUCUGCAGGAGUAGAAAUUAUAAGAAGUCAAACAUUUUUUAAUAAAAAUAUUUCUUCUCCUCAAAAUAGAAGUGCCAAUAAUAAAGAUAUUCCUGAAGGAUACAAUCAUUUGGCUUAUAUUGGACUAGGAUCAAAUAUGGGCAAUUGUGUUGAAAAUAUUAAUGAGGCAUUAAGACUAUUUGAACCAGAAUGUAGAAUACUAGAUACUUCAUUCUUGUAUGAAACGUCUCCAAUGUAUGUAGUGGAUCAACCAAAUUUUAUUAAUGCUGCUUGUAAAAUUGUAACCAAUUUAGAUCCUGAAGAAUUAUUAGUAAAAUUAAAGAAUAUUGAAUCAAAUAUGGGAAGAACUCAAACGAUACGAUAUGGUCAAAGGCCAAUUGAUUUGGAUAUACUAUUUUAUGAUGAUAUUGAAUAUGUUUCUUCUUCUCUCACUAUUCCACAUCAAUUAAUGAGUGAAAGAGAAUUUGUAUUAAGACCAUUAUGUGACAUUGAAAAAGGAUUUGAACAUCCAAAAUUAUUUAGAACCUGUGGCCAAUUACUUUCUCAUUACUUGAAAAGUCCUUCUUAUUCUCCUGAUAAUUUUGUAAAUAGAAUAUUACCAAUUAAAAAUGACAAAAUAUUAAAAUGGUCUACAAAAACUUUUAUAAUGGGUAUAAUUAACGUUACUCCUGAUUCAUUCUCUGAUGGUGGAUUAUACAUUAACGUUGAUUCUGCUCUUUCUCACGCGUUGAAAUUAGUUGAAGAAGGCGCUGAUAUAUUAGAUAUAGGUGGUUGUUCUACCCGUCCUGAUGCUGAUGAUGUUCCUAUUGAAGAAGAAAUUAAUCGUGUAUUACCCGUUAUAAGAGCGAUUCGUUCUUCUUCUAAUAAUACUCUUUCGAAUAUCCCUAUAUCAAUAGAUACUUUUCAUUCUGAAGUAGCUGAGAAAGCCAUCCAAAAUGGUGCUAAUAUAAUUAAUGAUAUUUCUGGUGGUUUAUUAGAUGAAAAAAUUUAUUCUAUUUCUGCUAAAUAUAAUUUACCAAUUAUCCUUCAACAUAUGAGAGGUACUCCUAAAACCAUGAAUCAAUUAACUGAUUAUAAUGAUCUUAUAUUAGAUAUAUCUAAUGAAUUAUAUGAAAGGGUUAAAGCUGCAAUCAAUGCUGGUGUAAAGCGUUGGAAUAUUAUAAUUGAUCCUGGUAUUGGUUUUGCAAAAAAAUUCGAUCAAAAUCUAGAAAUAUUAAAGAGAUUAAAAGAAUUUAAUGGAAAAAAUAGUUUGCUUGAAGGGUUUCCUAGUUUGAUUGGUGCAAGUAGGAAAAAUUUUAUUGGUAAGGUUAUUGAUCAACCUAUUCCUCAAAAUAGAAAUUGGGGUACUGCUGCUGCUUGUACUGCCGCUAUUUCGGCUGAUGUGGAUAUCCUUAGAGUACAUGAUGUUAAAGAAAUGUUGGAUGUGGUUAAAGUUGCUGAUUCAAUUUGGAGGGUAAAUAAAAAAGAAGAAAUUAAGUAAAGCCCCACUUUUAACCGUAAAAUUGGAGUUUUUAUAAAUAAAUAAAAAAUUAAUUAAUUAAAAAAUAAUCGUUUUUAAAAUCUGCUAAAAUUGUAAUUUUAAAGUUCAAGUAAAUGAAUUUU